AAUUCAUGAAUAAACAUGGAAAAGAUCUCUCAAAUGUCAUAUACUUAAACAUUCCAACUGGUAAAGUAUGGGAAUUUAACUUGGUCAGAGAAAAUGACAAGGCUUUCUUGCAAAAGGGUUGGCCAAAAUUUGUCCAGUUCUACUCAUUGAAUGAUAAACAUUGCUUGAUGUUCAAAUACAAAGGGAAUUCUCAGUUCGAUGUCAUUGUUUUCGACACGAGUGCUUCUGAGAUCGAGUAUCCGUUUGAUCCUGAACCAUGUAGGGAAAACAACCCUUUACAAAACAGGAAAACUAAUAAUUCUUCAGAGACAGCUCAAAGUAUGCAAAGUGUUACAUUUGAUAAGCUCAUAAUAUCCUACAACAGAAGCUAUAGUGCUUUCGGCCCUGAGGAAAAGAAGAGAGUUCGCGAUUAUUAUUCUGAUCACUGUAAGCAUCCCUCAUUUGCUACGAAUAUGUAUCCAUCCUUUGUAGGUUCCAAGUUUGCUAUGGGUAUACCAAAAACAUUUGCACACAAAUUCUUGCACAAUGAGCCUUGCCCUGGCACAUUCAACCUCCAAACAGAUACCGGGAAAGCUUGGCCGGUGAGAAGUUGUGCCUCAGUUGGUAACUAUGGUAAGACUACUAUGAAGUUGCAGGGUGCAGGAUGGAGAAAAUUUGUAUUAGGUAACAACUUGAAAGUUGGCGAUAUUUGCAUCUUUGAGUUGAUCAAGAAACAAGAGUUCAAAAUUCACAUAAUUCGUGCUCCUUAUGCUAAAGAAAAACUCGAAAACAUACCAGCAAUAAUCGAAGUUGAAUCAGACUAGAAGAAUGUAGGAAUGUAGGUGCGUGAGCUAACUGCUAAGAUAUUUUGUUCAUUAUAUUGCUUUUGGUUAUUGGGAAGUUUAGUCAAAAUACUUUGUUUUAAUAGUUUUGCAAAUGGCUGCUGUUUAUAUGAUCUUAUGUCCGGAAUUUAUAAUCAUGUUGAUAAUGUAAUUUGAACUAGUAAUGUGACAACUACAUU